AUGGCAGCACGGGAGUGGGCAAUGGAAUCAGUGACUUGUUCGGCUGUUGUUCUCCUCGAGAAUUCUGAAAUCGAAAUCAAAAACAAAAAUCAAAAGCUCGAUGGCGAUGGCGAUGGCAAAGCCUUGAUCUCCAAAUCCAUCUCUUCAAAUCGAAAGCCAACCCUGCGUCUUCUCUCUUUCACUGGAGUGGGAGAUCUCUUUAUCUCCGUUGGCGAGACUUUUCCGGCUUUCAGUUCACAACAAUCUCAAGACGCACCAGUAGAGACACCAGUACAGACACCAGCAGCCCAUGUUGUAAGACACAAAUGGAAUCCAGCAGAUGACGAGGUGCUGAUCAGUGUGUGGCUUAACACUUCCAAGGAUGAUAUUGUUGCAAAUGAGCAGAGGUCGGGGGCCUUCUGGAAAUGGGUUGCUGCUUAUUAUGCAUCAAUUCCUCAUGGAAGAGAGGAUGGUGUGAGAGAGCACGGUUGUUGCAAGAAGAGGUGGCACAGAAUCAAUGAAGAUGUUAACAAGUUCUGUGCCGUAUACUCGGCAGCAGAACGACAAAUGAGCAGUGGUGAGACUGACACUGACGUUCUGAAGAAGGCGCAUGACAUUUUCUUCUCUGAUCAAGAGCACAAGUUCACACUUGAACAUGCUUGGUGUGUGUUGAGGUAUGAACAGAAGUGGCUCAGCCUUAACACACCCACGGCUGGUGGCGUUUCGAAGAGGAAGAAUGUGCAGAUAAAUUCCCAAACUUCUACCAACGAAGGCUUCGUUGAUGUUGAGAGCAGGCCCAGAGGUGUCAAGGCUGCUAAGGCUAAAAGAAAUGCGGGUAAAGGGAAGUCCGUGGCUGAGAUUGCGACCGUUUGGGAAAUGAAGAAGGACGAUUUGGUGAGGAAGGAGAGACUGUCGAGGCUAGCAAUACUAGACACUCUCCUUGCCAAGACUCAACCAUUGAGUGAGGCGGAAGAAGCUGUGAAGAAUAAGCUCCUAGCCGAGUUAUUCUGA